UGAAUAAAGCUAAACCUUAAAAAGUAGGUGUUUUUUUGGUAAAUUUACUCGGCCGAUUUCAGAGAAAAAUUUCUGGCGCAGACCAUAUUUUUUAUGGUCUUCUUUAGCCAACUUUAGAACAUACUUUUUUAAUGUGACGAAUGACUUUGCAUUUUUAUCUGGCUACCCUGUACGUGAAAUUGAAAUGAAAUUAUCUAUCUAAUAGUUAAGAUUACGUCAUGUCCUGAUUCUAUUUGAUUUCCAAUGUGCACCCUGGAUUGCAAGUAUGUUGUAAAACUGUAUUUGACUUUGGUCCUAAGAGUCCGACCCUGCUCAAUAACCUUAAUAUUUAAAUCCUAGUUUCAUGAUAUAAACGUGUCUUUCUUCUGUCCAACUGAGAGUCGGAAAGCAACAGAGUUAAAAACUAGUGAAGGUAACUCAAUUUCCUAAGAUGAAGUCGGCAAAAAAUCAAGAAAUUUUGAGGAUUCCGAAGAUUGCCAUGAUUGCAUUAGGCAUUUAUCGCAAAAACUUUACGAAUCGUAUUGCUCUUCGAAGAGUAUAUGUGAUUUAUUCAAUAGUUGUUCAUGUCUUUGCAGUGAUCUUUACAACUUCGAUGAGCCUAUGGGUUGCAACAGUAUUUACUGAAAAAAAUAGGUCAAAAGAACUAACUGACAGAUUACUUUCAAACUCGGCUUAUUUGGUGUCCAUUUACGUAGCAUUGAUUAAGGUUCUUUUUUACGAGUCAAAAAAUUUGCAACAGACGAUUACCACUGUGGAAAACAAAGAAAAAGAAAUUCAAAACUCCGGAGAUCAAGAGCAGUUGGAGACUUAUACAGAACAAAUUCGAUUUUAUAAAAAAUUCAAUAUAUUUGCAUUAAUAACCCAUAUAUUUGUAUAUGGAUUUGCGUUAUUUGAAAAUAUGUUGACGAGAUUUAAAAUAGGGCGCCGUAACAAACUAUAUAACAACACUUUGGAAAAACCGUUGAUAUAUGAAGUAUAUUAUUUUAACAUGGAUCCAAUAAAAUACCAAACCUGUAUAAUGCUAUAUUCCGAUCUUGGUGUGACUGUAAUGAUAUGGCUAAGUUUUUGCACUUGCAUGCUUCUCGGUUUUAUAAUAUUCGUCCCUUCGAUGGCAAAAGCGUUGCAGAAGACAUUAAAAACUAUGCCGCAUCUCAAAACCGAUUUGAACGCUUUAAAAGUUGCUGCAGCCCAACAUCAGCAACUGGUAAGGUUUGUCGAAAAUCUAAACGACUCAGUUAAAUAUUUGGUGUUGUUGGAGUACAUUACUGUCUCGUUCAACGUCGCUCUGACGGCUUUUACAAUCUUAAAGGAAGAAUCGUUCAUAAUGCGACUGGGUAUUUUGUCUUACAGCAGCUCUAUCGUUGUUUACGUGCUAGUGUUGGGUUGGAGUUGUAGCGAAAUUAAGGUCCAGAGCACGCAAAUUGCUAGCGCAAUAUAUGACAGUCCAUGGUAUGAACACAGUAAAGAAGCUAAGAGCAUAUUGUUUAUAAUGAUGGUAAGAGCUCAAAGGCCGUUGAUUGUCACCAAAGGACCAUUCGGGCAAAUGUCACUAGAAUCAUCCUUGGCGGUGUUGAAAGCGGCAUAUUCCUACGUCACCAUAAUGUUACAAAACUACCACAAAUAAAAUCUUGUUCGAUUUACACUUGUGAUUCUUAUAUAAUACAAUAUAUCAUCCGCAUCUGAAUACUUUAUAUUGUAAUUUUCUUAUCCUUACAAUUGGUGCACUAGGCAAAAAAGGGUUCUGCCUACGAGAACUCAAGUGAAUUAUCUAAAAAAAUCGGUUGAGUUCAUUUAUUGUAAUUAUAGCUGUUGCCGUGGACUGCUUUUUGGCACCUACGAGGGUAACUAAUUGUAAAAAAUUUAAAUCCGUUUUAGUUAACAAAAACAGAAAUAUUUAAUAAUAAUCCAUAUCCCUUGUGCAUGACACAAAGAAACAAAAUAUAGUUCGUAUAUGCCUGAAACAAUCUCGCCAAUUUUAUUAUUUAUUUAAUUAACUUUUUUUAAUUCUUAUAAGAAGACGCAAGGAAAAUUUUACAAAAUGUAUUUCAUUCAGAACAUUGAACACAGGCGUUGAGCCGAUUUAAAAGAUAACAAAGACCUACGCCAUGUCUGACUAGCCUUUUGAGAAUGAUCUUUAAAAUAGCUUCAAGUAUCAUAUAGUUAACAAAGGACAAGUCCUAAUGGAAGCCAUCCAUGAGUACUUUUUCAAGAAAAUCCCUAACAAAAAACCGUUCCAUAAUUGCAAUUGUAAUAGUAAAAUUGUAAUACUCGUAAAAUGAUCAUAUGAUAGAAAAUUUCUUUGCAAUAUAAUUUAAUUCGACUGAUUAUAGGAAAUAAACAUAUACCAUUACAAUAAAAAUGUAAAUAAAUAACUAGUAUUUACAAUUUUGUAUUAUUUUAUUUGAUUGUUUGAUUGGCGGUUUUCUUUGCACCAACUUAUGACUUCCUAAGUUAUAUACAAUAAAUGCAUCAAACUUCGUUUAUUUGUUUGUUUGUUUAUUCCCACCUUUUAUUUAUCACAAUGAGACCGAAAAAGGUAGUUUCACUGCAGAUAUAAAGUCAGUCCCACCUUUUUAAUUUAACCGGUCCUGUUUUUCUUAUUGUUUUCAAAAUUCCUGUUUGUUCUAAUAAAAAACUAAAACAAAAGAACCAUUCAAAUCAAUUUUCUUCAUUAUUUAUUAAAUUAUAGCCUUAUAAAUCAAUAAAGUACAGCUUAAGUCCACAAGGGUUGUAGCAGUUC